AUGGCAUCGAUGCAGCCGGCAGCCCCACUCCUGUUCCCAAGCUGCGUGUCAUCAAGUGGGCCAUGCCUCCCUCAGCCCCAGCCAGCAACCCCUGUUCACCAAGAGAAAGUGGCCAAGACAUCUACUCAGACCCAGAGUGAGUCCUGUCUGCCGAGGGAGCCGGCAGCACCACCAUCACGACAGGUGCCCCACCUGAGGGCCGUGGUGGAGAGCCAGGCCUUCAAGAACAUCCUGGUAGAUGAAAUGGACCUGAUGGUCUCGCGGGCGGCCACCGUCAUCCAAGCCAACUGGAAGGGCUACCGGCUGCGGCAGAAGCUGAUCUCACAGAUGACAGCAGCCAAGGCUAUCCAGGAGGCCUGGCGCCGCUUCAGCACGCGCCGGCUGAUGCGCUCCAACAAGCUGACUGUAAGGAAAGCCAAGAAGGAAGAGGAGGACGACAUCCCCUACCACCCUCCACAGCAGGUGCGCUUCCAUGCCCCGGAGGACCAGCUGCCAGUCAUGGUGAGCAAGGAGAUUCAGUUCCCGUCCUCCGACAACCUGGUCCUUUCACACAGCACAGCAGCAGGUCCCUGUGCCAGUGGAGCCCCUAGGGGUGGCCUUGUGCCACAGCAGCCUGUGACUGGCAGAUUCACAGGUCCCAAAUAUCCACCCUGCAUGUUGACCAAGUCUGUCAGGAGCUCCUGUCUCGUCAGGCACUUGGAAGGGAGCAGCAUGGAGAGCAGGCACACGGCUUCCAGGACCAUCAAGUCGGAGACCCCAGAGUCAGCAGUGUCUGCGAGAUAUGGCCAGGCCACCCAUGCAACGCUGAAAACCCAGACCCAGGUCCACAUGGAAGUAGAUGUCCCCAAGGCCCCACUGCAUAUGUAUCCGGUCAACAAAACUCCUACCAAGGUGUGCCCAGUGGCCCUGGCCACAGUGGCUACAGUGGCCACAGCACCCAAGGGUCCACUGCAGACCUACCCCACAUCCCCAGGGGCAGUCAUGAAGAUGCAGCCACCAAGCUGCCCGACCUCCCCGGAGACCAGGCCCCUGGCUCAUGUACGACCCAACCCUUCAUUCUCUAGCACUCCGCCCCAGGUGCGCUCUGUGGUCCCCAUGGCCAGGGCACAGUCCCCAGGAUCUGGUAUGACCUCCACAGUCAAGGUCUCACCACGCCUAGGGGCUUCUGUCAAUAGGGGCCCACUUCAGACUGGCUCUGGUCCCAUGAUGACAAAAACUUCACCCCAGAUGCGUUCAGUGACCAGAAGUCAACCUCAGACAUGUGCGGCAUCUUCUUCAUCCAAAGCCUCCUCCCAGCCGAGCCCUACAGUCAAACUCUCACUUCAGACUCGCCUGGCAGCCAUGAUAACCAGGACCCCAGCUCAGAUACGCUCUGUGGCUGCUGUGCUCAGGACCCUGUGUCUGGUCCCUACAGUGACAGCCUCAAGUCCCAAGGGUUCACCCCAAACUUCAGUGGUUGCUGGAAUUCCCAACGCCCCAUCCCAGGUUCACCUGAGCAGCCCAAAGGCCAACGUCACUGUGAGCACCAAGCAGACCACUGCGGUCGUCAAGGUGACUUCUCAGGCGUACUUGGCUGAGGAAAAGGGCAGGUGUGGACCCCACGGACAUCUAGGCACUGUAACUCCUAAACUUCCAGCCAAGUCUCCAUUGGAAGUAGAGAAGACAAAGCCUGGGCCCCCAAGGGCCCCCAAGAAGGAAGCAGCUCCCAAGACUAACAUGGCCAUUGUAGCCAGGGCUCUGUCUUGGACAAAAGUGGCAGAAGACAGGAGCAGACCCUUGACUCAGACCCAGCAGAAGGCAGAGGUUGUGAAGGUGCACUCCAGGGUGUAUAUGCCUGAAGAGAUGACCGUGACCCUGUCCCAGGCCCAGCUGGCUGUCCCCCUGACCAAGGCUACCUCCCAAGCCCAGCCACUCCCUGGCCACCCCAGGCCCCUGCCAGCCGCACCCCUUUCUAAAGCCGUAUCGCAGUCAUCUGGGCUGGCCACAGGCCUACCUGAGGGACAGUGCUCACCCGUAGGUCCCUCUGCUGCCCUGUCCUCCUUGUCCCUGGCUGCACACCUGAUGUCACUAACAACCCAGCUCCACCCUGCUGGUGAACAGAACAGUUCCAUGUCCCGAGCUCCUCUGGCCACAUCGUGUCCAGCCACAGGCUCCCCUCAGGCACGUUCCCUGGGGCUGACCUUCGUCCCCCCUGAGGGAUACCCAAACACAUGUCCGCCUGCCUCUACUUCCCAGUACUUUCACCCCACGAGAAACUCAUUGCAGCCGCCUCCACCUGCUGGGCAUGCAAAGAUUAUAAACACCAAAAUUACCAAGGCCACGUGCCAGGUGUGUCCCCCGAGUAAACUCAGUAAGGCCCCAUCCCUGGCCCAGCUCAUCACAUGUCUGGCCAGGGUUCCGUCCCAGGCCCAACUGACCUCCGAAACGGCCAAGUGCCUCUUGGCUGCCCACCCUGCCACUGACCUCAGUGGUAAGGCCCAGUCACAGCCACUCCUGAGCACAUCCAAGCCAUCUGCCCAGUUCUGGCAAUAUAUUGGAACACUUAACACUGGACCCCAUGCCAAGCCAGAUGACAAGAGUAUGACCCAGCCCCAGCUCCAAAGCCACGUACAAAACAAGGCCACGCAGAACCCACGCUCAGUGGCCACAGAUACCCAAGGUAUGCAGGUACCUCUGCUGACUCCCUCUGGACACCCUGUGUGCAAUGGAGAAUCCUGGGGUGACAGCGGACAGGCACGGACCCCACCUCCGCCCCCUAGGCCCAGCCAGGCGGUGUCCUGCCAUGAAGACCUGGCUGCGUCCAUUGCAUCCCUGUGUGCAGACUUGGUGACCAUGCUGGGCUCCACCGAGGACCUGCGGACACUCCUGGCCAAGACACUUUCUCAGGGAGAAGUAAGGACAACGCUGAGCCAGGCUCUGUCCCGGGAAGUCUUAGGGCCUUCUGUGGUCAAGGCCCUGCCUCAAGGCAUGCUGGGAAUGGCACUGAUGAAGGCACUGUCAUGGGGUGAACUGGGCAUCUCCCUGUCACGGGCCCUGUCCCAUGGUGAGCUGCGUCCAGAACUCAGCAAGGCCACACAGGGCAAGCUGGCUGAGGUCCUGUGCAAGGCCUUGACGGAAGAUGAGAGGGCCACACUCAGCCAGGCGCUGUGCCAGGGUGAGCUGGGAGCUGUUUUCACUCAAUCCCUGGCCCAGAUGGCCCAGAGGACAGGCACCUUCCUCCCCAAGGCCACCUCGAAAACGGUGGGAAGCCGGAUGACCACGGCGCCUGCCCCAGUGGAGGUGGCUUGCAGCGGGAGUCUGUCAGUUGCGUGGGGACCUGCGCUGGGCCCUGUCCGAGCACGGUGUAGCAAGGGCCCCGUGGAUGCUGGCCUGGCUGCUAGCCAGUCAUGGAAUACCAAAGUCCCCAACGUACCGGCCAGAGCCGCGGCAAGUGCUGGGCCACCCCAAGGCCCGUGGCAUCCCAGCAGGGGCCACAGGCCCUGGGACCCCUCGGGGGCAGAGGCAGCGCUGGACCACAAGCCCUCAGCUGAGCUGCUGGUAUCAAUUUGCGCCAUGGAGAAAGUUGUCCUCGAGGCUGUCGUCACCAUUCAGGCCUGCGCACGUGGCUACUUGGUGCGCCGCACUGUGAAGCUGUGGCAUCAGUGGGCCACCGUCAUCCAAGCUACGUGGCGUGGCUACCGUGUGCGACGAAACCUGGCGAGGCUGCUCAGGGCCACCACCGUCAUCCAGGCAGCCUGGCGCGGCUACUGCAUUCGCCGUGACCGGGCCCACCAGGUGUUGCUCCCUACGAUGUGGCCUGAGCACCGUGGCAGAGCCCAGGGGACCUCUGACACCAGGAACAGCUCUGAGCACCGCUGCUUCCUGUCCUGUCAACCCAAUGUCUGCAGCGUCUGCCAGGCCCUGGGUCCUCGGGUGGCAAGUCCACCCAGUGUUGUGAUGCUCGUGGGGUCCCAGCCACGCACCUGCCACGUGUGUGGCCACACACUGUCUACUCGCGUGGUGCAGGGCUUUGGCCAGGGCAUCUCAGGCCAGUCUGGCUCUCGCUGGGCAGUGCCCCCUGCUCAGUGUCCCCUGCUCAGCCAGCAGCACAGAGCAGCCACUCUCAUUCAGGCGGCCUGGAAGGGCUACCGGACCCGCCGACAGCUGAGCCAGCAACAGUCUGCAGCCAAGAUGGUUCAGGCCACAUGGAGGGGACAUUAUACACGCAGCUGCCUCACCACGGAUGCCCUCUUGGGGACAGGAGGCCCGUGGAACAUCUCCAGGGAGACUUCACGCCGUACCUCGAGGGCUUGCUCUUUGCACUGGCCUGGUGUCUAGGAGCUUGGCUGUGGGCAGAGACUCUUGGUGGCCGUGGUGUCCUGUGGCUCUUAUGAAUACAGUGCACUACAGCCUGCCCUGGUCACGUGUCUUGAGUUAAAACACAACAGGAAAGUCUAGCAUGUCGGAGGCUUGAAUCCCAGCAGCUCCAGCCCCUGUGGGAUCUGCAGCCAGGGUUAGGGAACCCCAGUUAUUUUCCAGGGUGUACAGGUCACUAGCGUGGAAUCUUGUGUGUCACAUAGCUAAUGGCGUGGCUUAUCUGGGGCUAGCAAGAUGACCCCUCCUAUGAAGGUGCUUGCUAUUAAACCUGUCUUCCCCAUGAUGGGAAGAACUGACACCGCCCGCAGGUGUCUGUCUGUCUCUCUCUCUCACACACACACGUUUACACACACACACAC